CCUAUAUUCACAGUCCUUAGUUACCCUCUACUCGCUUGUUCCUAACAGGAAAGGCUUCUGUGGUCAAAUGUAUGUGGCCUGUUUGAUUUCCCUGUCAGUCAAUAUCAGGCCAAUAAAAUCUCUCCAUUCUCUGAGGCCUAUCGAGCCAUUGCACUUUUGUUGCCGUGGUCACUUUCUGCAUGCCACAGGCAGCCCAGGUCUCUCUACGACACAACUGUUAUUUUCAACCUCUGGUUUGCCCAGCAAUGAGUUACCACACGUCAAUCGAUAGGAAGACCAACUUGCGUGGUCCAACUGGUCUUACCUGCGUACUUGUCUUUUUUUUGUAAAUGGCAUUACAUUUUAAUGGAGACAAACAGCCCUUUUAGUGAUGUGGCAUUUUGUAGAGAUGGUUGCAAGUGCUGGUGCUUGAGCACUCAUUCUGGUGUGUGUGUGUCAUCCCCACCCCAGAUGGAGAUGUCUGUGGGUCCGGCGGGGGUGACGCGGAGGACUGGGACAUUGAAGAGGACGAUGUGGGGGGGCCUGAGGCAGCAGUGGAAGCUACUGGGCCUGUUUGAGAUUGACCAGCAGCACGAGUUCUACAGCCUCACCUCUAUGAUGAAGGAAGGCCUCUCUGCAGCCGUGCAGACCACCAUCGACAAGCCACCACCGGAUGAAUUGUCAGAAGAUGAUUACAGAUUGGAAGUCACUCAAAUACAUAAGGACUUUAAAAUGGAGACAUUUGCAGGGCCAGUGUUUUCCAGCUUGCGUCGCUCCCUGGGGAUGACAGAAAAGGAGUAUCAGCACUCUCUCUCCUCCGAUGGCUCAUACCUGCAGUUCAUCAGCAACUCCAAAAGCAAGGCUGACUUCUUUCUGACGAACGAUAAGUGUUUUUUCCUGAAGACCCAGAAUAAGAGAGAGGUGAAAUUCCUCUUGUCCAAUCUGAGAAUCUACAUGGAGCACCUAGAGAAGUAUCCCCAUUCACUGCUGGUCAAGUUCUUAGGUGUCCACAGGAUAAACAUUUCCCAUAGGAGGAAGAAGUACUUUAUUGUGAUGCAGAGUGUUUUUUACCCUGACGAUCGAAUCAAUGCCAGGUAUGACAUCAAGGGUUGUGAGGUGAGCCGGUGGACAGACCCUGCCCCUGAGGGUAGCCAGGUUAUUGUUGUCCUCAAGGACUUGAAUUUCAAGGGCCAGUAUAUCACUCUGGACCAGCAGCGGCCGUGGCUGCUCCGGCAGGUGGAGAUUGACACGUCAUUCUUGCAGAGACUCAACGUGCUGGACUACAGCCUCCUGGUGGGCCAUCAGCCCCUGCACCAGGACGAACGCCACCAGGGCCUCUCCUUUGCCACCCUUAUCAUGCGCACAAAAAAGUCAGUGAUCACUGGCUCAAGCCCCACCCAUGCGGGCAUGCCCACUGUUCCAGGGGUGGUCCCAGAGGAAGACUCCACCCUGUCGGUGUCAGAGAUGGAUGGCGGGACAGGAAGUUGCAGCGUUGCCGAGUCACGGGGAGGAAGUGACCCGGGCAGUGCCCUUUCCGGGAGAACCUGUACUGAGCAGCCGGCCGGGUCGGUCACAGAUUCGAUGGUGCUCAGGGACUUCCAGGCCCAGAACCGACGGCUGCUGCCCAACUUCAAGAACCCACUACACGUCAUUGACGGACCGGAGCAUCGCUACUUUGUGGGCAUCAUUGACAUCUUCACUGUCUACAGCUUCAAGAAGAGGCUGGAGCAUUGGUGGAAGAGACUGCGGCACCCAGGGCAGGCCUUCUCCACCGUCAGCCCCACCUCUUACUGCCUUAGGCUCUGCCAGUGGGUACAGGACCACACCAAGUAGACUCAGAAAAAGGGGAGGACGAGGAUGGUUAGUCCCAGUAGCAGGCUGUCUGCCCAAGAACAAACGUUUGCACACACACAGUAGCAGGCUGUCUGCCCAGGAACACCCGUUUGCACACACACAGUAGCAGGCUGUCUGCCCAGGAACACCCGUUUGCACACACACAGUAGCAGGCUGUCUGCCCAGGAACACCCGUUUGCACACACACAGUAGCAGGCUGUCUGCCCAGGAACACCCGUUUGCACACACACAGUAGCAGGCUGUCUGCCCAGGAACACCCGUUUGCACACACACAGUAGCAGGCUGUCUGCCCAGGAACACCCGUUUGCACACACACAGUAGCAGGCUGUCUGCCCAGGAACACCCGUUUGCACACACAGUAGCAGGCUGUCUGCCCAGGAACACCCGUUUGCACACACACAGUAGCAGGCUGUCUGCCCAGGAACACCCGUUUGCACACACACAGUAGCAGGCUGUCUGCCCAGGAACACCCGUUUGCAUGCACGCAACUUGGACACUGACCAGAGACAUGAAGCUAUACUUUUAAAGUGCUGUAAUUUCAGAUUGAUCAAGGAGCAGUUACUUUCAUGUUUCCACAUCUCCAGACCAAAGCUAAAACAAAUAUAAACCAUUAUAUACAAAUAUAAUAUUCACCAUCGCGAAUUCAUGGGUUUCUUUUUCAUAUUCUUUGUUAAGUAAACAAAGAAAAAGGUGCGACAUUUAUAAUCAAGUGCUAUGAAUUAAUUAGCUGAUUUUCGAAAGUAUAAUAGUUUUUUUAAUUGUUGAAGUUCAAUUAGCAAGUGAAUGCUGAAAACCAAAAUAAUUGUACAAAUUUGCCACCUCAUAUGGAUUUUUUUUUUUUUUUUACAAUUCAUUUUUGAAGUGUUUAUACCUGUGCAAUUUUGUUGUAUUUUUAAAAGCUGUGUUUUCACUGUUCAGUUGACCAAGUGAAUAUAUUCUCCCGAUAUGACUGUGCAGUGUGUUUUAUAUAUCAUUAUUUUGUUUGUACUCUUUGUGCAGUCAUGGCAAGGUCAGUAUAAAGGAUUAAUGUUUAAAAGUGAUGACUCACGGCAGUCAUAAAGGUUCUGUUCCCCUGCUCAGACAUUGCUGACGCAUGUCAGAUCUUACAAUGCCUGGAUAAGUAUUUUACAUAUCAGCUAACCACAUCAUAUGUCAUAGCAAUCUGGUGCCCGACUGCACAGUCGAUGACGUGGCAUGCAAUCAUUGGUUGAUGCAUGCAAUGUCUGAACAGGGUAACACAACUUUUAUAAGACUGCCUGGUUCUUAAGAUGACCAACACAUUCUUUAAAGGGAAAGUUCACUUCUGGAAAUUGUAUCUUAUUUUUGACUUACCUAGGGAAGAACCUGGACACCCUAGGUAACACCGUAGGGAAGUUGAAAAUACACAAAAAAUGGUGAACUAUCCCUUUAAUGCCAUGUUGCCUCAAGAGAUAUUACUCACACUGUCUAGUUUUUAUGGUGAAAUGUAGGCUAAAGACUUAGUCUUGCUGUUAGAAAAUAUAACACACAUGUGCUUUAAACCUCUUGAGGUGCUCCAUUCUGUUCCUCACCCUCGACACCCUGUGUCAGUCAGGGAAAUAUGAGGAUUGAUUUUAGGGGUUUUUCACAACUCUGUCUGGGUCUGAAUGUUUGAAAGUAAGGCACUGUAUUUACAUGGUUUACGUUGUCUAGAAACAGAAAUCUAUUCUAUCCAUGAAUAGAAUUGACUUUACAUCCUAUUUGAAUGUAAGAUGUAGCAUAAAAAACAUCCACACAAAGUUGGGGAAAUAAAAUACCCUGAUUGGA